GAUUUCCACAAGAAAUUUUUCCUAAAGAAUUAUUAGCAGAAAUACAAUGGUAUUUAUAUGAACAAAUAUGUCAAUAUAUUAAAGAUCCUCAAAAACAAGAUGAAUAUUGUCUAUUACCAAAAAUUCCAAAACCAAAAAAAUUAUAA